AUGACGCGUCUCACACCACCCGUGGACACAAUUCUGUCAACAUAUCGCCCCAUUGCUUCGAUACCUACCAGUGAAGGCCACUUCGCCGCCGCUGCUACCCAAGCGCCCGCAUCCGCAUCCGCAGCCGCGCCCAACCACCGAAUCGGCGCCUUUCAUGUGGAAUUUAGAAUAUACUCAGAAUGGAUCUAG